CCUUGCAACAAAAAUAGCAAAGUUUCGGGACCCGCUUGCCGGUCUCACAGAUGUAUGACAUGCUGCGCCUCAUGAGAUGGUGCGCCAUAACGUUGUGAUAUCGAAUCUACUAUAUCUCAACACGGCCUACCUCGUAUCUGAUACAGACCAGGCAUUGGGUGAUCCUAGUACCAGACGAACUUCCCGACUUUGGCAGCCGCACCAAUCACAUCGAACAGCAUGAACAUGGACAGAUUGAAAAUGCGCCGCAAGAUUUUCAUCUUCGCAACGGCCGCCGGAUCAGGCUUCGGAGGCCUCCACGGGUUCCUUCAUCUCCCCGAUUCCCUCAAGCACUGGGGCAUCAUAGUCGCGGCAGAAGAAGAUGACGAGAACGCUCUCAUGGUCGAGCUGGACAAGAAAGACCGCGCGAAGAAGAAUUCAAGAACACCGAUUCACCCGCUAGUACGAACCCGGGAGGAGCGUGCGGAGAAAGAGCCCAAGAACCCUGUCCUGAAGACUGUCAACAUCAAGCUCGAAACGAGAUUGAGCAACGAGGCGAUCAAGAAAGCAGCAUUGGAAGUGUGCGAGAAGAUGGGUGGCUAUUACCACGUUCUCCACAACAACUGCCAGACCUUUGUUCUGCACCUAGUCCGCAAGAUCCAUCUGGCCGGGCUGACACAAAAGACCUUGAACGUGGUUAGGAACAUGUUACCGUCUUCUUCGCGUCAGAUAUCGAAGCGCGCUCAGCAACUGUUGGAACUCGAGAGGAAGAUGGCCAGAUACUAUCGGUGCAUGGUGAUUCGUGCGGACCACUCCUUGCAUGGUACUAUGUCGGGAAAACAUAUAUCUCUGGGCAAGAUGGUGGCGUUGUUCUUCAAAGGCCUUUUGCAGGAUUUAGGAGAGAGUUGACUGUUGAAUUGGGUAUGUGGAGAUACCGGACAAGGGGAGGAAGAAGACACGAUCGUCAUGUAUCAUUGUAAUAGUUCCGUACGAGGCCAUAUAGCCACUCAUAUAAUUUAUAAUAUACUGCUAGUAAUAUC